AUGCGUUUCUCAACAGUAUUCACCCUCUUUGCCGCCACACUCGUCGUCGCCGCACCAGCGCCAGCCGACCUACAAGCCGACGGCGGCAAGGACAAAGGAGGCAAGAAAGAGGGAGGUGCCAUCGCUUCCUGCGAGGUGCAAACCGCCGCCGAUCAUGUCAAGUGUAUAGACGCCUGCGGAGCCGCCAAGAGAUCCCUGUUGAGAAGAGCAGACCAGGGUCUCGGAGACAAGGGCGACAAAGGCAAGGGCGGCAAGGAUAAGGGUUGUAUCAUGGAUUGCACCUCCAAGGCCGUGGCAGGCUAUACUGGUUGUGCGGGUGUUGGUCCUGGACCUGCUCCUACCAAGCCCAACUGA